AUGCCGCAUGGCGUCGUGCGUACCAACCAACACCAUACUACUCGCGGGUAUCCGCGCCCCGGCGCGCCAUACCCCCCAUCUCGGGUCGCCGCUCCUAGCGCAGACCCGUUUGCAAACAACCAUACAUCAAUUACCAACAUCGUCCCGGGAGGUAUCCGGGACAAUGUCAAUGACGGAGUACAGCUGUCGCACCACGGUGCGGUGCAGGCAACGGCCGGCCCUGCCCGUCGAACGAAGAAGUCAAAGAAGCCCACGAUCCUGCGCUUGUAUGGGCUCUCGGACAAGUUCAAGGAGAAUCUCACGAGUCAACAGCAGGAGAAGAUCAAGAAUAUGCUUGACGAACCGGAGGAAAAGGACGGUCGGAGGCAGUGUCUCUGGGUCGACGCGCUCGGCACUCCCUGUGGCAAAAGCUGCGGAGACUACGUUGCGCGCGAUCGCCACGUCCAUGCUGUCCAUAACCACGUCAGGGUCAAUGGUAAGAUAACACCAUUGCCCGGCGUCGUGGGUGGCGCUUUCUGCAGGUUCUGCGGCACGUACUCGUCUCGCGGCGAGACGAACCACGUAAAGCGUCACGAAGCGUGUUGCGACGAGAACCCUAACAGGCAGGAGCCCGGCACGAAGUAUGUGGGACCGAACGCGAGGAGCAAGGGGAAGGGCAAGCGGGCGUAG